CCAUCUGGUGUGAAAACUCCCAUUCUAAAUAGCUUUUAGAUUAUCCAUGGGAUUUACUGGCCAAUGGUCAGAUUAUGUUUAUGGGUGACUACUGAUUGGUUAUCACAAUCGCCUGAUCAGUCACACAAGCCAUGAACACGCAUUGUUUUACGGUCAGGCGUUUUACAAUCCUGAGCUUUGCGACACAGAAUGCGUCAGGAUCACCUGAUUUCCGGCACGUGGACAGUUAAAAAGCGUCAACAGAUCUUAGCGGUCAUUAAAGGCUGUCGGGCGUCUAGAUGGACUCCUAGCGCCCUGCUGAUAGAUUUCUGGAAGCUUCCGGAAGCUAGUGUAGCCGAUUCUUCAUCAAAAUACGGUUGCGGCUGUGAGGUUCAUCCUUCUGGCAGCAGCAGAGGAGAAGGUUUGCCUCUUAGAUGACUAAGCAGUUUCAGAAGUAAGCCUUCCAGCAAAUCUAACAAUAAUAAACUCAACUCAGAGGAAGUAGAAUUUCUCCUGUUGCACAGCAAUGAUGUCUGCCUUCAGAGAAAUAGAUGAGAAAGGAACUUACUCACCUGAAAUUUGUGAAGUUGAAGACCCAAAAGCCACCGUGGAUAUCCUGAACUAUUGUCAGGUUAUAUAUAAAACUGUUCAAAGGCUGGAAAAGAAGUUUGAUGACCUGGAUGAAAAAGUAACAAAAAUAUAUCACUCUCGUGCUAGAUCCUUCUGGCGUUAUCCUCCUUUUAGAGCAGUAUCCAGAAGAUACAAUUACCUGAUGUCUAGAAGACAUAAACUUCAGAAAGCGAGACGAUUCAUUAAUGACAAUUUGAUCUCCCGUCCUCACAGUUACAGUCCAACUACAGUAGUCUUCGAAAGGAAUGAAGAUAGUGAGGAUAUGGAGAACAAUCAGACCGUAGAUUACCUCCAGGCUUUCCAGUACCCCAAUUCUAUUGACAACACAGAGACUUUCCAGUACGCUGAUUAUAUUGACAAUAAUCAAGCUUUGCAUUACUCUGAUGAUCUCUACAACACUCAGUCUUCGAAGUAUGCCAAUUCUAUUGACAGCAGUAUCCAGAACAAUGAAGACAAUGAUGUUUUCCAUUCUGAGGAUUCACAGGAAGUGAUUCUUGUCAGUUCUUCACCAGAGAGGGACUAUGAAGAAACUCCACCAAGUCCUACAUCUACUGGCCAAACCUACCAACAGUAUUACAGAUUUAAAAACAAUCCUAGCUCCUCUUCAGUGCCCUACUACAGUGACUUUGAAAAUACCAACGUGGACACCAUCACUUCUACCACUUCAACAGUGAAGGAAGCAAGUACCCUCCCUCCAGGGGAGCUCAUCCCCAUCCAGAAUCCUGAAAUGAGGCGAUUGGCCUUACUGGAGGCUCAGCGUUCACCUGUGAUUGAUCCUAACACUUUUGGUUCAUCAUCUGAAUGUAAUGAUGCUGUUGUGAGACACCUUGGAAGCCCUGCAAACUGGUCUGUGAAUGACGUGAUAACAUUUCUGAACCGUUUAGAUCCUCCGUUGGCCGACCAGCUCUACCCCAUCAUCAGAGAACAUGCUAUCGAUGGGAAGGCCCUGCUGCUGCUUGAUUUUGAUGUGAUGGUGAAAUAUAUGGGGAUGAAGGUGGGAGUAGUCAUGAAAUUUAGCAGCUACAUUCAAAAGCUUAAAGAAGGAGUAAAAUGUGACGAGUAAACUUUUCGUUUGUAGAACUUCAAAUGUUCUCAUUAAAUUCCUUCUUAA